UAUAAGACAGAAGAGAAAGAUGUCAUUCCGUAAAGUAAACAUCAUCGUCCUGGUCCUGGUUGUUGUUCUCUUCCUACUGGUUUUGCACCAUAACUUUCUCGGCCUGAGCAGUUUGCUACGGAAUGAGGUUUCAGAUUCAGGAAUUGUGGGGUUUCAGCCCAUAGACUUUGUCCCAAAUGUUCCCCGACAAGCUGUAGACGGGAGACAAGAGGAGAUUCCUGUGGUCAUCGCUGCAUCUGAAGAUAGGCUCGGGGGGGCCAUUGCAGCCAUAAACAGCAUUCAGCACAACACUCGCUCCAAUGUGAUGUUUUACAUUGUUACGCUCAAUGGUACAGCAGACCAUCUCCGGUCCUGGCUCAGCAGCAGUACCUUGAAAAGCAUCAGGUACAAAAUUGUGGAUUUUGACACUAAACUUUUGGAAGGGAAAGUCAAGGAGGAUCCUGACCAGGGGGAAUCCAUAAAACCAUUAACCUUUGCAAGGUUCUACUUGCCAAUUCUGGUUCCCAGUGCAAAGAAGGCCAUAUAUAUGGAUGAUGAUGUAAUUGUGCAAGGGGAUAUUCUUACCCUUUACAAUACACCACUGAAGCCAGGGCAUGCAGCUGCAUUUUCAGAAGAUUGUGACUCAGCCUCUACCAAAGUUGUCAUCCGUGGAGCAGGGAACCAGUAUAAUUACAUUGGCUAUCUUGACUAUAAAAAAGAAAGAAUUCGUAAACUUUCCAUGAAAGCCAGCACCUGCUCAUUUAAUCCUGGAGUUUUUGUUGCAAACUUGACAGAAUGGAAAAGACAGAAUAUAACCAACCAGCUGGAAAAAUGGAUGAAACUCAAUGUAGAAGAGGGACUGUACAGCAGAACACUGGCUGGCAGCACCACAACACCACCUCUGUUGAUCGUAUUUUAUCAACAGCACUCUACAAUUGACCCCAUGUGGAAUGUCCGCCACCUCGGUUCCAGUGCUGGAAAACGAUAUUCACCCCAGUUUGUAAAGGCUGCCAAGUUACUUCAUUGGAAUGGUCACUUUAAGCCAUGGGGAAGAACUGCUUCCUAUUCUGAUGUCUGGGAAAAAUGGUAUAUUCCAGACCCCACAGGCAAAUUCAGCCUGAUCCGAAGACAUAUGGAGAUCUCAAAUACAAAAUAA